AUGCCACCAUACGCGGCCCUGGCCAGCCUCUUAACCAGGGUCACCAGCUCCCUGCCAAGAGAGAAGCCCACCAAGAUCCUGGCAGAAGGCUGCGGAAGGGAACAGCUAGGGGCAAGGACAUGGGGAAGCCCAGCAGCCUCUGGGGGAGGGUUUGCAGCCAAAAGACAAAUCCCAGCAGUGAGGCAGCCUGGGGGAGGGGGACAGCCUCGGAGCCUGUGCCUCUGCCUUUCAGGCAGCAGAGGCCUGAAGACCAAGAGAUCCCCAUCGACACUGAGAAGGCCUCCGCAGAAGCCUCGGAAUAUCCUCACACGAGAUGCAUUCGAGGAGCAGGCUGGCAGGGUGCAAAAGGGGCGGACGCAGACGCAGAUAGGCCAGCCGUCCCAGUCAGAGCUAGGAGCGGCCACGACCACUAAAGAGGAGGCCUUACUGAGGUUGAAAGAUCUCAAGAAUCCUGAAGCUACCCAGCCAUACUGGUCAGGGCCAGAUGACAGGUCUCAAAGCUCGGCGGAUGAUAGCUCGCUACCCCUGACCCCCCGGCAGCUGGCAGCUUUCCAGGACAUCUUCAAACUGUUCAGUUGCAGCCCAACAGGCACUGUGGACAUGCAAAGCAUGAAAGUUGCCCUGCGCAACACGGGUAUCCAGCUGGGCCCACAGGAGAUGUGCGAGGCUCUUCGGCUGGCCGACUUAGAUGGUGAUGGAACCGUAAGCUUCAAGGACUUCCUGGGUGUCCUUACUGACAACCACCGUCUGGCUCAGUACAUGGGCCAAAUGAAGGGCAAUCGGGUCGGUGAGCCCCCGGGCCUGCAGACCCUGUUCCUCGAGGUGCUGUUCAAACUACUGAGUCAAGGCUUUGUGCCCCCCAAAUCAAGGCAGGAGGUGACAAGCUACUAUUUCAAGAAGCAGCGAGCCCUGCGGCUGAGCUUGUGCGCUCGGAACCGGGCGCGCCAGGGCCGGCCUGCGCGUGCGCACACGGGCCUCACCUUCUUCUGCCAAGCUGCGCGCCUCAAUGGCCUCUCCAGCUCUCAGCUGGCGCGCUCCCUGCACACACUGUGCAGAGCAGGUGGGCGCAGCCCCUACACUCAGAUCCCCAACCUCGCCGGGCGCCAGAGGCCAGAACGCAAGGCUCGAGUUCCAGGGUCCGACGUCCGCCUCCCCAAGCCCCAACAGCCAGGCCGCCCCAAGCUCCCUCCCAACCUUGGGCCACUCAGCAAAGGUCCCCUCCGCCCUCCCGCCGGGCUAAUGAGCCAGCCGCUGGAGCAAAUGCGCCCCUCGAAGCUGGCUUCCUCCCCGCCAACUCUAGUGCAGAAGCACCCCUCCUCCCCUUCGCCAGCCUGUUUCCAGAGAUGUGCUAUGAAGAGCUUGUACAAGUAA